GGGCUUGAAGGCAUACAGUGCAAAUAUCUCGUCAGUCGUUCCCUGUAAGAGGGAACCAAUCAGUGAACUCAACCUUUCGAUUUUGCGCGCUUACAACUUCCUGUAACUUUUAAUGCGGGUAUUUCAAAACAAACAUGGAUGCUGACCAAUCACUUCAAAUAAUACAAGAUAGAUACGACUUUAUAUUCAAAGAAAAACAACUAGAUUCUGUCAAAUCCAUCCUGAAAAACAAGGAUUGUUUCAUUGUAUUGCCAACUGGAUAUGGAAAAUCCCGCAUUUACUUCCAUUUACCAGAGCUAUUUGAGAUGACAACAACGAAGAAAUCGUCAAUUCUGGUUAUAUCACCGUUACAAGCCCUCAUGUUAGAUCAGAUGAAAAAGCUUCAAGACAUGGGUAUAACAGCCACAGUUGUAGGAGAAUGUCAAAAAGAUAAAGGUGUGGCUGAUAGAAUAUCUGCAGGAGAUUACUCUAUAGUUUUUUCAUCCCCUGAGGCUGCACUCCUGCCAGGUUUAUGGAGAAGAAGUCUUACAAGUGGAAAUUUCAACACUGCUGUAAAAGCUGUAAUCAUAGAUGAGGCCCACUGUAUAACUGAAUGGGGUGCUGAAUUCAGACAAGAAUAUUCCAUGCUAGACGAGUUGAGAUCUAUUUUUCCUGAGAAAACACCAUUUGUUGCUCUAACAGCAACUGCAACCAAAGAAAUGAAACUUGAAAUUCUGAAAAAACUCAACAUGGACCAAGACAGGACAGAUACAAUAUGGAUGCUUCCUGAAAGACCUAAUUUAACGUACGUUGUUAAGAAAACCACUAAGCAAAUGAGCGACUUGCAAUGGAUAUUGGAUGAUAUAAAGGUGAAAGAAGGAAAGGCUAAAAAGACCAUUGUCUAUUGUCGUAACAUAAGUUCAUGUGCAGCAUUAUAUGAAUACUUUUUCUAUGAACUUUCAGAAAGUGCAGAUGAUGUUCACAGUAGACGCAUUGCCAUGUUUCAUCGUUCUACAGCUGAAACAAACAAAGUGCAUGUUAUGUCUGAAUUUCCCAAGAUAGAUAGCAAAGUACGUGUUGUGUUUGCAACAAUUGCAUUUGGAAUGGGUGUUGACAUUGCAGAUGUUGAGCAGAUUAUCCACUGGGGUGCUCCUCGUGGACUAGAACAAUUCACUCAGGAGAGUGGUCGAGCAGGUCGAGACGGAAGACAUGCAUUGUCAGUUGUUUAUUAUUCAAGUUUUGACAUUUCCAAAGGCAGGUGUAAAGAAAGUGUAGUUGAUUUUUGCAAGAAAGUGAAAUGUUGCAAAGAAAUUUUGAGUGACUACUUUAGUCUAGACAAUAAGCCACACCGCAGCACAACAAAGACUUGUAAAUGUUGCUCAUUCUGCAAAGCAAACUGUGAAUGUGGGUCUUGUGAUAGAUUAGACUUUAUUCAUAAUAUUGCCUCGACACAGCAACAAUAUAAAUUACAAGAUGAAGAUGCUGAUCUACACAGACAUAUCAGUGACAAUGAAAGCAUUCUCCUGAAAGAGAACUUGCUCGAUUUUUUGAGUAUACUUGAAGAUGAGGAUGCACCAGGCUGCACAUAUCUCAACGACUCAGCAAUCAAUGAAAUCGUUCGUAACGCGCCUUAUCUUUACUGUGAAGAAGACAUAAUUUCACUUGGUGUUGGUGAUAUUGAACUUGCCAGAGAAAUACUUUUGUUGAUUGAAGAAAUUGUCUAAUAAAAUUUAUUAA